AUGCGCUUUCAAUCUAGCCUUCUAGCACUAGCCUCCCUCCUUCCCCAGGGACUCGCCGCCACCCUCCCUAUCCCGCGCCAGAAUCAACCGGGUCAAUACGCCGGGUAUCUGCUCUCAACAUUCACAGACGCGAACCCAUCGGUCUUCUGGUACUUAUCAUCUGCUGAAGAUCCACUUGCAUUUAAACCGCUUAAUGGUGGGAAUCCGGUUCUGCAAGCUACCGUUGGAACCCGCGCUGUGAGAGAUAUCUUCCUCACGGCGAGCGAAGAACGGAACGAGUAUUUCAUCAUUGCAACCGAUCUCGAUAUAAAUGCUGAUGGCUUCUCAUGGGACGAGGCAACAAGACGCGGAAGCAGGGGCCUGACAAUCUGGCGCUCCGACAAUCUCGUUGACUGGGACGAUGCUACAUUAGAGAUCUGCAGAAUCGAAUCACCCGAAGCUGGAAUGGCCUGGGCACCGUCCGUAGUCUACAACGCCACUGAAAGCGAAUACUACCUCUUCUGGGCUUCACGCCUUUAUGCAGAGGACGACGCAGACCACACCGACACCGCAUCUCUUGACCGAAUUCGGUACGCGACAACGCCAGAUUUCAGCACGGGAUCGUUCAGCGAGCCUGCCGAUUACGUCGCCCUAGAUGCGGAGAAUAUCCCACUCAUAGACCAGGAAUUCCUCUAUCUCGGUAACGAAGGGCACUACGCACGGUUCUUAAAAGACGAGAAUGUGCUGCAUGUGUACCAGGAAACAACGACAGGAGGCCUGUUUGGUGAAUGGACGAGGACGCAGCCGGAGGGCGAAUAUAUCAGGACGAGCGUAUAUGAAGGGCCCGCGGCAUUUCCCGAUGUUAAUGUUGAAGGGCGCUAUUAUCUUCUCAUGGAUAACUAUGAGGAGUAUGUGCCCUUCGUGACGGAAAACGUACUCUCUGGGGAAUGGGAGGAGUUGAGCUUUGAUGAGACGGGGUUGCCGCGGGGGUUGAAGCAUGGAAAUGUGUUCUUGCUAACGGAGUCAGAGUAUCAGGCAGUUGUUGAGCGGUAUGGGGUGUAA